AUGUUCAAAUUCUUGGUACUAGUUAGUGUAAUCUACACGGCCAACGCCGGCUUGAUUUUAGAGCACAAACCGGCGAUAGUGGCGGUAUCUCACGGUGCAACAUCGCACCAAAACAGCCACUCGAUUUCGGUCCAUCCGGUGCCGUUGGUGGCCCACAAGGCGGUAGCAGUACACACUCCCGUUAUAGCCCAUCAUGUGCCUGUUAUAGCCCAUGCGCCGGUUAUAGCCCAUGCGCCUGUUAUAGCCCAUGCGCCGGCCGUUUCGCACGCCACUGUGGUACACCAUCCGGUGCAUAUUGGAUUGCAUCAUUGA